CGGACUUGAGUUGAAUAAUUGUACUUGGGAAUGUUGUGGUCUGGUACUGUGUGCUGUGUAUCGCGGUUGUCCUUUAUUUAUUUAUUUGUUUAAUCCUGCCGUGUUAGAUACGGUUUCUGUGCACUUGAUGGCGGUGUGCGCUCACGUCUCCAGAGUCCGUUCACUUUACAAGAGAAUUUUGGUCCUGCACCGCUUCCUGCCCAUAGAGCUCCGAGUCCUUGGUGACCAAUAUGUGAAGGACGAGUUUAGUAGACAUAAGAGUGCAGAACCCAAGGAGGUCAAGAGCUUCAUGACAGAGUGGGAGAACUACAAGAACACUCUGCAGACUCAGGUUCUGGAGUCAGUUGGGGAAAGAUACAACUCAGUAAAGUUUGGAGACAACUUGUCACAGAAAAAGCUCAAUGAAUUCCAGGAUGAACAGAUCGGCCAACUGUAUGAACUCAUGGUGGAAGCCACCAAAUCCAAAAGACAGUUUGACAUACAAGAGGACAGGAAGUGAAGCUGCAGGCCAGAGAGCGGUGCUUGGACAGAAAGAAAAAAACAAACAACAUAUGAUUAUGAUGAAUUUAAACCUGUGAGUGCUUUAGGUAAAGGGUGGUGCUCACAGUAGUCUUUUAAGAAUAUUUGAUUACGUUAAAAUGCUGUGUAUUAAUUCUGUGUUGCUUUGUGUGACCCUUUUUUUUGGUGCAAAUAAAAGUGAUGUCAUGCUCCUCCUGAAGUACAUUAGCACACUAUAAAUAUAAGCAUAAUGGUCAUUUCACAUCCAGUCGUAUCACAGUACGGCUGUUCAGUGACCGUUUGCAUUUUGCCCUGCAUUUCUUCAGCAGUUUUUGCCCUUUAAAAUCUCUAGACAGCUCUUAAUGUCUGCCACGUAAAUGUGAUCCAGCAUGUUUAGAGUAGGGUCAUCUACUCAUUGGAGGGUCAGUGUUUUAGUCCUCAAUUGUCCUUGGGCAAAAUACUGAAUCCUAAAUUCUUCCCAGUUCAUCUUUCAGAGUUGUGAGUGUGAAUGUUAGAUUUUUCACAAGUGCUAAAAGGGAUAGAAUAAAGUGAUGUAUUAAAGUCUAU